CUCCUUGCGAACUUCUAGGUCAUUCGCUGGAGUUACCUGAAAGUGUAACGCAAUAGAAACCAAUAUAAUGCCACUAAACAAGUUUCUUUUUCUUCUUUUUCAGAAAGAAACCUCAACGUGGCAUCACUAGAGCAAGAGGAAGAUCAGCUCUCUAAACUUGUUAUAAAUGACGAUAAGUAACUUGUACCCCGGGCUAUUCAAGCCUCGUUUUGCUUGAAAUAAACGCAUCUUACUCGCCGUCUGGCGAAGUUCUACAAUAGAGUCCCAAGGUUGCAAAUGUUCCAAUGACCUUGUGAAUGUUCCAAUGACCCUGAACGCAUGCUAGUCAUUGGUUGAGGAAGCUCACCAUUAUUCUAGCGCGAAUAAUUGUGCGUACUGACCAAUAAGAAGCCAGCUAGCCAACAGCCAAUCAAAAUCUGCCUAUAUCGCUUUUCGAGUUACCUAAAGGAGGUAGAAGAGACGAGAGACAGUAUAUCCAGACUCUGAGUCAUAUUGGAUUUCUGUGUCAACUGAUUUUGCAUUUGCGUUAAUUCGUUUGUCAUUGAAAUUUUGAAGGUUUUUUGGACGUUUUGCACAUUUUAAAUUGUUGAGGCCAUUACAUUGGUUAAAGCAUGAAUCCUGCUUACGAUAAUGCCUUACUAGGCAUCUUGCAGAAUGAGGGAAAGUUGGAGAAGUUUCUAGACGUGAUAUUCGGGUUUCUAAUGCGCAGGACUGAUUUUUAUUGUAUUAUGACGCCAGAACAUAAGAAAAUAGGUUUUCCUGCCGGUAUGAGUAUUCAAAUGGUUCUUCAGGCUUAUGAAAAAUACAAAACGAUAUUUGAGAAUUAUCAGCAUCACCAUGAAGCACAAGCAUCAGUCAAUAAACCCACAAAAGUUGCUAAAAAAGAAUUGACACAAGCCGAUCCUGUUGUACCACAUUCAGAUGGCAGUAAAACUGGAAGUUCAUCAAAAGUUACGAUCCCAACACCAGAAACUACAAACGAAGAUAGUGAUGAACCGGGAGUAUACAUAGCAGACGCAGAUUGCUAUAAUGGUGCUGUAAGAGAUAAUUAUACAUGGAGUCAAACUGUCAAAGAUAUUGAUAUUAAAAUUAAAAUGCCAGACAGUGUUGCAAAUGCUCGUGACGUAUCCGUGAAUAUUGAACGCAAACAUAUUCGUGUUAUCCUUCGACAGGAUGGAGAUGAGACUGUUUAUUUUGAUCGGCAUUUGUGUUGGGAUAUCCAUAAGGAUGAAGCUAUAUGGACCUUUGAUGCAAAGGAAAAUCAAAUCCACUUAUGUUUGGACAAAGUUCAAGAUCGUUGGUGGGUGGCAGCGUUUGAUGGUGAAGACAAAAUAAACCCUCGUAAAAUUGACUGCUCUCGGCCUAUCCACGAAUUAGAACCCGAAGCCCAAGCUAAAAUACAACAACUAAUGUAUGAUGCACAUCGUAAACGUCAGGGAUUACCUACCAGUGAGCAAGAAAAUUUUCAAUACCUUCGCUACCCUUAUUACUAAUUGGUGGAUGUUGACUAACAGUGAAAUCUGGGAUGAACUUUCCGUGCUAUUUGGGAUCUGUCAGCCAGGUGUACGCGCAUUCCCAGUGAGUGAUGGGAUUCAAACCCGGUAGCCAUCGUUUCAAACUCCCAAGCGUUAUCCAGUAUGCCAUUUGAGCCAUGAGAGCCACUUUUCUGUGUAAUGGGUAUCAAUUAUUAUUUGUUUAAUUUAAUAUUUCGCGUUAAUUGAUCAUAUUACUAUUGUUCCCUUGGGUUCCGAGUGGAAAAUUGUGCUUCAACAGUUCAUCUCCACUUUGUCCUAUUCUCUGCGGUCCUUUUUAUCUGACCCCACGAUUGUCUAUGGUCUCUAAUCUCCUCCUCGUACAAUCUGCUCCAUGUCACCCUCGGAUGCUCAACUCGUCUUUUCUCAUUCGGGUUGCAUUCUAGGCUCUGUCUAACGAGCGCUGUCACUCAACGGUCUUCUCAACGUG